AUGCACUACAUCACCAACCCAAUUUUCCUGCUGCUAGUUUCAUCAGCUACUACAGGUGUAAGCGCUCAGGAUGUGGCAGUGGUGGCCGGUCAGACCCUGGCAACCAGUAAUGGCCUAGCGACUAGUAAUAAUGGUGGGGGAUGCGCAUCACAGCAGGUCGUUGAUCAAUGUGUCGUUACAAUGCAAGGGACCCUUGCGAAGUGUACUGAUGAUGAUUGGGAUUGCAAGUGCUCGGGCAGUGCAAAUAUUGCCAACUGCUAUGAGGACUGCCCUGAUGACCCAGCACGCUUUUCGGCCGAGUUGAUGAGCGAGCAAGAUUGCGCCACCGCUAAUGCCUACGAUAAAGGUAUCUCGGAUGUUCCGACUACGUGGACAACUCCAGGGCCCAACACAGUGACGGCCACUCCGACGGAUGUCGAAAUUAGUACCACAACCAGUACUGCUGGGCCAACAAAGUCAUUGAAUGGAGAGGAAGCCAGCCCGUCAGCUUCAGAGGGCGCCGCUGUCAUGAAGUCGGCUGGGAGUUGGUUUGCGUUGCUAGGAUUGGGUGUUGGAGUCAUGAUAUGA